ACGACCAUUAUUCUAAAAAACAGAGAGAAAAUAAAACCAAAAACCAUUUCUUGGCUGGUUUGAAGAAAUUCUAAGGAGCUCCAAGUGAAAGCAAAGCCAAAGAAGUAGAUUAAGCUUAGUUCUAGCAUUUUUAUGAUAUUUCUUGGGGUUUCCAAGUGGUUUGAGGUUUAGAAAAGCUUGAAGAGAUUGUCUUCGCCGAAAAGUUGCUCGGAUAAGCAUAUCAAUACCUAAGACACCACUUGUUACACGGUGAACUAUAUUUUGGACAAAAGGUAAAGAAAGAAAUAUGUGAAUGAUAUGAGGAGAACUGAAGCAUGGUCCUGACCCUGAUUUGUACAUAUGAAUACAUCGACCUUUUUGUGGGUUAUUUCAGUUAUCAGUGAGAUGUUUGUAAUAAAGUGUGAAGUUAUGUUUUGAAAAUAAAUUGGGUUAUUUAAUACUUAUGUAUAAUAUGUUUGAGACACACUUUAUGUUUAAUGUAAAUAAUGUGAAAUAAGUUUUCAAGUUUAAAAAAAAAAAAAUGUCCAGACUUCCGCAGAAAUAAAUUAUGAUAUAGUUUUAAAACGUAACACCUCAAAUAUGGUUUUAACUAAAAUAAGUGAGGGUGUUACAGGGGACUUAAAGGAAGAGGUUUUCAUGCAUCAGCCACCUGGAUUUAAGGAUGUUUCCUCCCCUAGUCUUGUGUGUAAACUUCAUAAGGCUCUGUAUGGACUACGUCAAGCCCCACGAGCAUGGUUUGAUAAACUUAAAUCUGCUAUUUUCUCUCUUGGUUUUACUAGUUCCAGAGCUGAUACAUCUUUAUUUUUACGGUUUACUCCUCAACAUAUUUGCUUCAUCCUUGUAUAUGUUGAUGACAUUCUUGUCACAGGGAGUGAUACAGAUGCCAUUUCUACUCUUGUUUCUCAGCUUGACAGAUUAUUUGCUCUUAAAGAUCUCGGUCAUAUAAAUUACUUCCUUGGAAUUCAGGUUGAGCACACUGAUUCAGGACUCCAUCUUUGCCAAAAGAAAUAUAUCACUGAUCUUCUCUGGCGCGCAAAAAUGCAGUUUGCAAACUCUCUCACUAAUCCAAUGACUUCUGGGGAGAAACUGUCUGCCUUUGGCAGUGAUCUUGUUACAGAACCUCAUUUUUAUAGAAGUCUUGUUGGGGCUCUACAAUAUGCUACAAUAACCAGACCAGAGAUCACUUAUGCUGUAAAUCGAGUGUCUCAAUUUAUGCAAAAUCCACUUCAAAGUCAUUUCAAAGUUGUCAAGAAAAUUUUGCGUUAUCUCAAGGGUACUUUGGAUUAUGGCUUGCAUCUGUCACGGUCUUCCCAGCUAUCUCUUACUGCCUUUUGUGACGCAGAUUGGGCAUCUGAUCCUGAUGAUAGGCGCAGCACUACUGGUUUCUGCAUUUUCCUUGGAGCUAACUUGGUUUCUUGGGCUUCAAAAAAGCAAAGAACUGUUUCCAGAUCUAGUACAGAAUCUGAGUAUCGCAGUCUAGCAAACACUACUGCGGAGUUGGUCUAGAUUCAAUCCUUACUUGCUGAACUUCGGGUUUUCCAGCCGCUUACUCCAACAAUAUGGUGUGACAAUAAAAGUACUGUUUUGAUGUCUCAAAAUCCUGUUCUACAUGCUAGAACGAAACACAUUGAGUUAGACCUGUAUUUCGUUCGAGAGAAGAUCAUCAGUGGCCAGCUAACUGUUCGUCAUACUCCUGCUCAAGACCAAAUCGCAGAUAUCUUGACAAAAGCAUUAUCAAGCACUCGGUUCUUGUAUCUUAGAGACAAACUUAGCGUUGUAUCAUUAUCCACCCUAAGUUUGAGGGGGGGUGUUAGAGACUCCUUAUGAUUGUUAGUGUUAGUUAUUGUUCUGUUAGUGAUUAGCUGUCCUAACAGUAAUUAGUUUAUGCUCUAACUGUAUUCAAUUAGUAUAUUGUUGUAUUGGUCUCAAGUAUAAAAUACCUUCUGUAUUGUUUUUACAUCAAUAUACAA